GUGGGGACCGACGCCGCGGCCGCUCGGCUCCUCCCGGUCCGGUGAAUGGCCGCGGCCGCCCCGGCGCCAGCCCCACCCGCCGGCCGCCAAGCUGACGUGGCCCCCGGAAGUAGGGCUGCGCGCGUCCGUCAUGUUGCCGCAGGACAGUAAUGAUGAUACUGAAGAUGUUUCACUAUUUGAUGCUGAAGAGGAGGCUACUGAUAGACCAAAAAAAUCCAAAAUCAGACACCCAGUGGCAUCAUUUUUCCAUUUAUUCUUUCGCAUCAGUGCAAUUAUAGUCUAUCUUCUCAGUGAAUUGUUCAGCAGCAGCUUUAUUGCCUGUAUGGUGACAAUUAUCUUAUUGUUGUCAUGUGACUUUUGGGCUGUCAAGAAUGUCACAGGUAGAUUAAUGGUUGGUCUGCGUUGGUGGAAUCAUAUUGAUGAAGAUGGAAAAAGCCAUUGGGUGUUUGAGUCCAGGAAGGCAUCUUCUCAAGAGAGUAAAACCGUUUCAGAAGCAGAGUCAAGGAUCUUUUGGCUAGGACUUAUUGUCUGUCCAGUGCUGUGGGUGGUAUUUGCCUUUACUGCUCUCUUCUCUUUCAGAGUAAAGUGGUUGGCAGUGGUUAUCAUGGGUGUGGUGCUCCAGGGUGCAAACCUGUAUGGCUAUAUCAGGUGCAAAGUGGGCAGCAGAAAGAAUUUAACCAGUAUGGCAACUUCUUACCUUGGAAAGCAGUUUUUAAGACGAAGCACUGGAGAUGAUCAGACUUCAUGAAGACUGAGAAAAUUUGUGUUUCGUUACAUUUGGGAAAUAAAUGAAGAGAUUCUUAACUGAACCUUUUAGAGCUUAGUAAAUUGUUGUCAAGAAGAGUACUGGUUUGUUUUUCCACUUUAAAAGUUCACAAGAAAUUUUUUUCAAAAAUUUUUUCUAGCUUGAAAGUAUAGUUCUGUUAGAAAAAUUGUCAAUCUUUGAUUCAUGGCAUAAAUUUGUAUAUGUAUAGUCAUGUAAUAACCAUAUAUGUCAAAUUAGUGAGUGUGUAUUUGUGUACAUAUAUAACAAUGACCUUUGCAUUUUGAUCCCUAGAACAUAGAAUGUGUUCUCGGGCUGUCUCAAAAGUCUUUAUGUUUACAUAUUAUUUCUAAUAGAAUAUUUUCAGAAGAAAGUUUUGCUUUUAUGGUAAGAAUGAGCACUUUGAUUUAUUUAUAAGUGUGAAGUAAUUGUUAAUGUUACGAUUUAAUGUAUGUAAAACAUGGUGAAAGUUCUCAUCCUAGUCAUCCACAGGCUGGUGAAAACAAAAUUUGGUCCAGUUGUGUUAGCUAGUUCAAACAUUUUAUUUAUUUUCAUUUGUAACAAAGUUAUAUAGUUAAGGCUUAGUAUGCAAGUGGAUUUUUCAUAGGUUUGGUUUAAGGGAUACCUAGAGACUGCUGCUGUUCUUUGUAUUUUUUGAAAAGAAAGCCGAUUUUACUUUGAAACUUCCUAGAAACUCUUGAGUGGUCCUUGGCCUAAUGAAUUCUAUCUUUUACCACUAAAAGAGUAUUUUUCUUAUGUCAUAUUGAGCAUAGUUGUAAUAUUUGGCAUAGUGCCACAGAAACAUUUUAUGAAUCUAUUUUUCUUGCUAUAAUUGGGAUAUUAUAAAUCAUGCAUUUGUAUCAAUGGUAUUUCUUUUAGAAAGCAAUAACUAUACAGUAGAACUGUUAAAGGCAUUUAAAUUCUGUUGUAAGUGUAUAUAAAUUUUGUUGGACUAUUACAUAUAGAUUUUAUGUGUAUUUAUACAUUGUUAAAAUUUUUUAAAGAUUUUCAUUUUGUUGAAUCAGUGUCUUUAUUGGAGUGAUAGCUUUGAAGGUGCAUAACUUUAUAUUUAUAUAAAACUCCUGUUUAUGAAACACUUUCACAUGUGUAAUUGCAUUUAAUCUUCAUGAAAACCUGUUACAGGUUGAACCUACUUAAAUAUAAUAAGACAGAACUUUAGAUUUUAGUUUAUUCCUUUCCCAGGGAAACAUGGGAAGGCUCACUGGGCUAUAUUGCUAUUUUUACAGGAAAUAUUUCUGUAAAAAGGAGAUACUUCCUUUUUGAGGGAUUGUUGAUUUCGUAAAUGCUAGAGUGUUAUUUUAAUUAUACUCCCAGUAAGAAAAGUUGAUGCUGUAUAAAGACUUGAUUUUGUUUAAUCUGAAAGAUCUAAUAUCAGUCUCCAGAGUUGAAAGUUUAACGGAGAAUACAUUGCUAGAGUUUUUAAGAUAGUUAUGCUGUAGUUGCCCUUGCACUCCUGAACAAAUUGUAAAUCGAAUUUUGAAGUAUGCAUGUGGUGGGAUAUGUCUAUAUGGCAUCUUACUUAUUAGGCCAUGGCAAC